CUGCUCUUACUGCUAUUUGCCUCUGCUCGACUGUGGCUAGCGAGUGACUCUAGCCUGUGAAUGGCCCACACAGCAAAUACUUGUGUGCUUUGUGUAGAGUUUAAUAUCGAAACUUCAAGGUACAAAGCGGCCUCUUCCUCUUUUAUUAGCAACUGAAAAGAGCCCCGUAUCGCCCGUUGGAUGAGAACAUUGUGCCCGGAAUUAGCGCCACUUAGUAGGCCGUAUUGCCAUUGCUUUGUAGGACUGCUAGCUAGCAAAACUGCUCGUGAAUUUGAGCAACACGGAGCGUCAAGAUGAAGAAGAAGGCUCGGCAGCACCGGGUUGCGGUGCAGAGGCCGCCGUCUCCUAUCAAGCCCUCGCCCAACAAGCAGAUCUUGACCUAUGCCCAGGCGCAGCGCAUGGUAGAGUUCGAACUCGAUGGCCGCAUCCACCGGCUCAGCAUAUAUGACAAGCUGGACGUGAUCUCGGAUGAUGACCCCAUGGUGCAAGAGAUAAUGGAAUGCACCAGCAAUAAGGAGAAUGCGGAAAAAUCGAAGCAGCAGGUCCUCCUGAGGUCAGUGAGACUGAAAAACAAGGAGAAGAAGAAUGCCGCACUUGCCAUCGCAGGCCAUGUAGAGGGAGGUGGACACCACGCUGGUAGCCACGCUAGCCCAAAACUUCCAGAGCCUAAAUUCCGAACUGUAGAAUAUAAUCUUCCAGCUGUUCCUAAACGCCCAUCUGCCUUUUAUAAAUAUAUAGAUAAGACGGAGGAAGAACUAGAUGAGGAAACAGAGUAUGACAUGGAUGAAGAAGAUUACGCCUGGCUGGAUUUGGUCAAUGAAAAACGACGAAGCGAAGGGGUUAGUCAGGUGUCUCACAAUGUUUUUGAGUUCCUUAUUGAUCGCUUUGAGAAAGAAUUGUACCUGGAGAGUCUGGACAAAGGGAGCGAAAGGCAAGCUCCUAUCGAUGAUGAUGCUGUCUGCUGCAUCUGCAUGGACGGAGAGUGUCACAACAGCAACGCGAUCCUGUUUUGUGACAUGUGCAACGUGGCCGUACACCAAGAGUGUUACGGAGUGCCCUACAUUCCCGAGGGUCAGUGGCACUGCAGACACUGCCUUCAGUUGCCGACUCAGCCAGCAGAGUGCAUCCUUUGCCCUAAUAAGGGCGGAGCAGUAAAAAAGACUGAUGAUGACCGCUGGGGCCAUGUAGUCUGUGCCCUCUGGGUCCCAGAGGUGGGCUUCUCCAAUACCACCUUCAUUGAGCCCAUCGACGGCAUCAGCCACAUUCCUCCGGCGCGCUGGAAGCUCACCUGCUACCUCUGCAAGGAGAAAGGGGUCGGCGCUUGCAUCCAGUGUCACAAAGCCAACUGUUACACUGCCUUCCAUGUCAGCUGUGCCCAAAAGGCUGGUCUAUUCAUGAAGAUGGAGCCGAUCAAAGAGGUGACAGAAACAGGAGAGCCCACCUUCUCUGUGAAAAAGACGGCCUACUGUGGCGCCCACACACCUAACGGGUGCGUGAGGAGACCUCUUGCCAUGUAUGAUGAAGCCAAACUCAGAAAUGGACUUUGUAAGAAAGGGGACAAGGGCAAAGGACAGUCCAAAGGAAAACAGAAACGGAAGAGUAAGAGCAAGAAGCCCGAGCCUGAUGUGGAAAGUGAAGCUGUACCGCCUGCUACUGUGCCUACUUUUCCUGCUCACAGGUUACAAACCAUUCUGAAUCAAGUAUCAAUACAGAAGAAGAAAGUCUUUGUAGAGCUGGUCCUCAGUUACUGGAGACUGAAAAGGCAGUCCAGGAAUGGGUUGCCCCUCAUCAGACGCCUUCAGACAAGACUGCAGUCACAGAAGAAUGUGCAACCGGUUUGUUCCUCUAGGCAGAGUGAAGAGGAAAGCAGGGCACUUAAGGAACAGCUGAAGGAAUGGCACCGCCUCCGACAUGACCUAGAGAGAGCCAGACUGCUGCUGGAACUAAUUCGCAAGAGGGAGAAGCUCAAGCGGGAAGAGAUUAAACUGCAGGAGACGCUUCUAGAGAUGCAGUUAACACCCUUUAGCAUUUUGCUCAGGGCCCUCUUGGACCAGCUCCAGGCAAAAGAUCAGGCCAGGAUCUUCACCCAGCCUGUCGAUGUCACUGAGGUGCCUGAUUAUCUCGACCACAUCAAACACCCGAUGGACUUUUCCACCAUGCGGAAACGCAUCGAUGCCCAAGGCUACAACAACUUUGAUCAAUUUGAGUAUGACUUUAACCUCAUUAUUGAAAAUUGUAUGAAAUAUAACUCAAAGGACACCUACUUCUAUCGGGCUGCUGUGCGACUCCGAGACCAGGGUGGGGCCUUGCUCAGAAAGGCCCGUCGAGAUGCAGAGAAAAUCGGCUUUGACACGGAGAGCGGCAUGCAUUUUGCAGAUGCUCCGGAAGUCAAAGCACCACCAUCAUUUUCUUGGGAGGAUGUGGACCGUUUACUAGUACCAGCUAAUCGGGAGCAGCUGCCUCUGGACAAGCAGCUGCAGCAGCUACUUGAGAAGUUUGAUCUCACCUGUGCCAUGAAGUCCAGCCCUUCCCGCAGCAAGCGGCUCAAGUUGCUGAAAAAGACCAUCAAUGAUGUGCGCAACGAAAUGAGCCUGAAGAGAGUUCUACCCUCUCACCACCACUGUUCUUCCUCAUCAUCUCCAACAACUUCAGCAACAUCUUCAACAGCUCUCUCCCUCCCAGAGCUGGUUACAGCUAAGGAAGAAAGGCUGAAGCCCAAUGGGCACUUCUCCGAGGAUGACGGAGAUAAGUCUCUUCCUCCAAAACUGGAGCCAUCGGAUACCAUUCCUCCCCUCAUCCACUCAGACACAGAUCCCGAACCCCCCACCCUAAAACCAAUAGAUGCCGCCCCUGACUGUGAAGACAAGGUUCACGGCAAGCGAGCCAAGCUGGAUGGGGAAAUACCAGACCUGCUCUCCUCUCCCGCAUGCCUCAAUGGCCACGCACACAACAGCCUCCAGGACCCUUUGUUAGAAGGUGAUGUGAGCGUGGUGGCAACGUCGACCCUCGCAGAGCCCACAGGCGCGGUUAACCGCAGAACCGCCGUUCUCUUCCGCAAGUCGAAGGCAGCCAGCCCGCAGAAGCUACCCAGGAGCGGAGACGAAGAGUCCGACAGGACUGACGGAAAAGAGGGCGAGGAGGAGCAAGAUGAAGAUGACGCACAGCUAGGUUCCAAGUCCUUCCUGUCAGUGGUCAUACCCAGGCUGGAGACUCUGCUUCAUGGCAAGAAGAGGAAGCACAGCGGCAGCAGGGAUGCAGAGGAGGAGGGAGGAGAGGAAGAGCGUGAAGAGUCGGGCGAGUCUCCAGUUAAACGACUCGACACUGGCCUGCCAAGUGGUGCUCUUCAGGUCGAGGAGCAGAAAAAAGUAGAAGAAACCAGCAGAACUAGUAGACCUGUGGAGCCUCGAAGACGCUGCGCCUCUGAGUCAUCCAUAUCCUCAUGUAGCAGUCUGCAGGGAAACACCAGCACCAUUCUCAGUCUUCCAAAAUGUGGGAAGGGAAAACCCGCCUUAGUCCGGAGAAACACUGUGGAUGACAAGAGCGAAUUAAUCGCCUGCAUCGAAACUGGGAAUUUUGCAAAAGCUGCACGAAUCGCUGCUGAGGUUGGCAACAGCAAUAUUUGGAUGCCUGCUAGUGCUGCAACUGUUGCAUUGGAACCCCUAAAGCUAGUUUGGGCCAAAUGUAGUGGAUACCCUUCCUACCCUGCCUUGAUCAUCGACCCCCACAUGCCACGUGUGGGCUGCCAGCACAAUGGGGUCUCCAUCCCCAUGCCCCCCCUGGACGUGCUGCGCAUUGGAGAACAGAUGCAGUACAAAGCAGAAGAGAAACUCUACCUCGUCCUCUUCUUCGACAACAAGCGCAGUUGGCAAUGGCUUCCUAGAUCCAAGAUGGUUCCUCUGGGGAUAGACAAGACCAUAGACAAGAUUAAAAUGAUGGAAGGACGCACAUCCAGCAUCCGUAAGGCUGUCCAGAUCGCCUUCAGCCGUGCCAUGAACCACCUGAGCAUAGUGCAGGACGAGCCAGUCAGCGACCUCAGCGACGUAGACUGACUCUGACUCUCUGCCACACACACAGAUUUGUACCUCUCCUGUACCAAAUAGCUUGUGACUACCCUCACCCUCACACCCAUCCCGGACCCCCUCUGUCUCUGCAGGAGACUGAAAUGUUUACUGGGCACCUGCUGUAACAGGUGGUGUCUCUUCCUUAUCCAUUCCUGUCUGUACACACUCCUACCACGUCCCGACGGGAUACGGCUGCUGCUGAAAUGAAUGUGUCGAUCUCUCCUCACCACCUCCAGGCUUAGAGACUGCUAUUUUUGUCAUCCCACCUUGCCUCCCUCACUCUAGUCACCCUUGACUGUCGUUUUAUCAUUUCAAGGCAAAAAAAAAAAAAGUGUCAGUGAUUAAUUUCAUACGUUUUUGGUAGCCUUUUACCAAAUCAGUCUGUGGUGUCAAGACUCGGAGUAAAACGAAAACUGUCACACUGACUUAAACUUUAAACCGUUAAUUUGGCAUCCAGCCACAGUCGUCCUCAUGCUAAAAAAAAAGUGGGCCGCAAAACUUCUCAAGUGGUCAAGAUCGUACAUUUCAUGUUUUCACAGAGGCUUUUCACUGGCAUCAAAUUUGUGGCCAAAGCCUGUGUUGAUGUUAUGGUUAUCUUUACAUUCUCAAGUCAGCUCCAUUUGUAUUGUAAAUGUAAAUACUGUGUACAGUUGGCUGACAUUAACUUAUUUUGUAGGUUUGACAGGAAUCAGUACUGUACAGGUGUUUUCUUAGUAUUUAUACUUGACGCAUUCUUGGCACUAGGGGGAGUGCUGUUUUGCCAGUGCUGUGUGAACAAGAAUUAAAAAAGUAAAACAAACGCAAAAGCCUUUGUAUUAAGGAGAUUAGGGCUAAAUUGUCAUGUUUCUGAAAAGUAUCAACCUAUUCAUUUUUUUUAAGUUAUUGAAGUUUCUAUCGUAAGCUUCCAUUUGGCAUUAAAUCAUUUUGUAUUACAAAUAGUUUUAGUAUAUUUUUGUUCAUAUAUAUACACACAUAUAUAUAUAUCUAUAUUAUAUAUUUAUAUGAUUUGAAUACAUAGUAUACAGUUUGUAAGCCUCUGAAGCUCAUACAGGCAGUGUGUGAUGUUGUGGACACAACAUAUGUUCUCAAGAAACCAAAAGAAGAAAAGAAAAACAAGAAAAUAACAUAAAACAAAAACAUUGCUACCCAGAAGUCUUAGAUUGAUUUCUCUGUGUGAUGUGUUGAAACUGUUGCCAAAAACAAAACAAAAAAGGAGAAAAAAAAGGUGUAUUUCCAUGUGAUACAUUAGACUGUUACUUGGUUUUGCUGUAGUCGUAGGGAGAUGCGCCUGCGUUAACUUAUUGUAAAGUAUUUGCAUUACUUUAUAUUCGAGGAAAGAUGUGCAAGCUGAUUGUGGUAAAGUGGCACAUUUUGUGGUGGAUACUUGCCUUCUUUUUAAGUAACCUUUUUCUAACUUUUUUUUGUAGUUGUAGACUUCCAGAUAUUUUAUUUUAUACUCUUGCCUAUUUUUGUUUCUUUCUUUCUGGGUAGCAUUGGGUAGUUUUGGUAUAUUUCAUUUUGUAUUUAACUGUAGUAGUUUUUUUGUUUGUUUUGUUUUUUUUAAUCAGAUGAUGCAAAAAUAUUGCUGGGACUGUUUUUUUUUUUUUUUGUUGUUGUUUGUUUGUUUUUUGUAGUAAAGCAAAAAAUAAAACAUACAAAUAAGAACUCAUUUAGCCUUUUUUUUUUUUUCUUUUUUUUAGGUAUACUGUCAAGCUAGUGCACAUUUAUUAUUUUCUUUUAAAAGCCUCAUUCAGUAUUUUCUAAUUAAUCUGCAACUGAAAAAAAAUUCUGUUGCUGUACAAAAUUGCAUUCAAGAAGUUUUAUCAAUUUAAUUUUUAUGCAGCUUCUGGAUGUAUAUUAGUACAUACUGUACAGUCAUAUAGGUAAUAAACCUGUUUAAUAAUCUAAAGCUACUCGAACAAGCCUUUUAUUAUGCUCUCUCUAGUAAAAUUAAUUAUUUGUUACACUUAAAGUGCUUGUGAAAAAUGUUGCCCAUCGUGGAUAUGGUUAUUAGAUUGUUGCUAAUACAUCAGUGUGUAAGUGGUGUUUUACUGCUGGUCCACAUGAAGCUCUCAGCUCUCUUGGAGUGCAUUUAUACUGUUAGAUCCAUAAUUUGCUGAAU